AUGUUAAGAUGUUCCACUCCAUUUUUAAUUAUCAAGUGUUCAAUUCCUAAUGAUGAUUUUAAGAGGGGACAAACGAGGAUAUAUGCUGAGAAAAGUUUAAUAGAAGAUAUCAAAAAAAAUUUGAGCAAAUAUCCAAAGUUCAGGAUAUCAAAGAGAUUUUUUCGGUAUCUGACAUUCGACCACCUUCGGUUUAAACUUCCUCAAAACUCGUGCAACAAGAGUUUGAAAACUUCAAAAUGGUAUUGUAACAUGGACAACGUUCUCACUUAA